AUGAAUGAAAUAGUCGAAUUAGCGAAACAAACCGGUGUAGAUGAGGUAAAUGUAGAUGUCGAAGAAAUAAUGCAAGAAACAGCAACAAGUCUUUCUAAUGAGUUCAAGGAAUUAGCAGACAAAGAACACAAAAAUAUUGAAAUUAGGGAACGUGAAGGAGAAAGUCGGCGAGGUCGAGGUGGUUUUCGUGGUCGUGGAAGAUCCCGUGGUAGAGGAAAUUUCUUUGGUAAUUUUGAAGGUAGGCCUCGCCGAGAGUUUGAUCGUCAUAGUAGAAGUGAUAAAAGUGGUUUGCGUCCUGUGGAAAAGAGAGAUGUUGCUGGUCCUGGAAAUUGGGGUGAUCUUAAAAGUGAAUUCAAUUCUCGAAGAAGAGAAGCUGAGUCCACGUGGAUGGAUGAAGAAUUUGAUGCAUCAGGUGAUAAGCAAAAUGAUUCUUGUUGGAAGGAGAUCUUACCAACAGUGACUGAAAUGCCAGCUGUUAGCCAUAAUGAACUGACUGCUGAAAAAUGUGGUGAUACUACAGUUCCUGAAAGUAUGGACUCAAAGGAAAACGAGCCAGUUACAGAAGAACGACCAGAGGAGGGUUUACGGGAAAUGACACUUGAUGAAUGGAAGCGUCAGCAAGAAGCGAAGCGAGCUGUUCCAAAGUACAAUCUGCGUAAACCUGGUGAAGGAGAAGAUGGAAAUCAGUGGAAAAAAUUGUAUAUGCUGAAGAAAAAAGCCAAAGAAGACGACGAUGAGGAGGUUGAAGAUGACGAUGAAGAUGUUGAUGAUGAAGAAUUUGCACGUAGAGGUAGGCAUAGGCAGCUUGUGGAUAUACAAAUAAAUUUCAAUGAUUCACGUCGUGGAAGAGGAAGAGGCCGUGGUGUGAGAGGCGUUGGUCCAAGAAGUGGAGGAGGUUCAAUGGGUAAUAAGGAUAGUUCGCGGGAAGAACGUCGAGAAAUGGGUUCCAGUGUUAGUAACAGAAGCUUUGGUCGAGGAAGUGCAAAAGUAAAAUCAGGCCACCAGUCCGCUCCUAAGGUCGAUGACUGGAAUGAUUUUCCGUCUUUGGUUACAGCUUAACUCCAGCCAAAAAUAUGUAGAUUAUUCUCCUAACUUGCGACUGUGGUGUUCAAGUGGCAAACCUUUAUUUGAUUACUGUUCUGUGAAAGGGCUUCAGUAAUUGAGGACUACUGCAGAUCCUGGCAAUCUCUUCCUUGUAGGCUAAAAUAUACAUACCUUAUAUACUCUUGAGAGAACUAUAUUAGCAUGGCAUUUUAUGUGCAAGGAGUGCAACACCAUAAACUUUGAACUUAAUAUGUACUCUAACCUUUCCACUGGUCAUGUUAGUUCCAGCUAAUAGAAUGUUCUGUAAAGUUCUGGUUUAACAACUUUAUCGGAUUGAAGAGAUAUAAAGGGUGUUAAGUUUUGCAUAUGUCUUACUUGAUUCUGUAGUAUUGGCGUGGUAAGCCAAAGAUCACCCAGUAACACAAAAUAUGGAAAAAUAAAUAAAUAUCUUGCUACUUA